AUACUAAGAAAACAAUGAUGUCCUCAUAUGACUGAUCCUCAGUCCCUGCGGUUACCUCUCAGUCCCUUGAAAUCUCUCAUUUGCAGCUUUUCUCUCACAUGACCUGCAGCUUUAAAUGUGAGGCAGAAAUGUGAUCAAGGGUUGACAUGCGACAAGCAUCUGAGUGUUUUACAGAACUGAGCACUUCCUGCUAUUUUAAACAAGCCAGUACACUAGACAUGCUAAGGACGCUCCGCAGCAACGAAUCUGAGCUCUGCUCUGCCUUGCAUCUGUCAGAGCAACAGUUGCCAUAUCAGUGCAACGAGGAUGUGCGCAAUGAGAGCCUGAAAUGAGCUGAGGUGAACAUUUUUAUUGGAUCUAACAUCAAAUUCGUCCAACACCGAGAUCUCAUAUUCAACAACCAUGCCCUCCAACAUGAAGAUAUGUGCUGUGCUGCUGUGGGGAGUGUGUGUGUUGUUUCCUGUGGAGUCGGUGACGAGUUCAGCGCCAGAAAACAGCAACACGAACAUCACUGUUCCACCAGACAUCACAGCCAACCAGCGGAUCACUGCAUACGCAAGCACGUUGCAGCCUGCAACCCCGCAUCCAGCAAAACCUACAGAUGCUGCUGCUCGUGCGACGGAGGCAGCGUCACCCACAGCGGACCAUAAGGACGGCGACAGAAACACAAGUAAAAGCGAGAGCAGACGGCUUGGUUUGACUACCGCUGAAGUAGCAGUCAGCCAUUCCAAACCUCUCGCCCCCACAGAAAAGGUGACGACCCAGGAUGUAGUUCCUGUAAAGACGACAAAUGCAACUGCACAGACCUUCCCUGCAGGGCUGACGACAAGCACAAGCAAACCUCCGUCUGUCAGUCAAACAAUCACAGCUGGAAGAGAAGAAACUUCUGCUGCAGUGACCACAGCGAGUGGUGGAGCUAAAUCUCCCACUGCCAACGUCACUGCUACAAGUAAAGAACAAAUUUCCUCGUCAAACACCACAGGCCAUGCGCACACUUCUACCGAAGUCGCGUCGACCGGAAGUGGACUACAUCCGUCCACCGCCAUGACGACAGCUACGAGUGAUGUGCAGCCGUCGUACCGUUCAACAACAGCAGAACCAGUAAAUCAGACAACAGACCAUCUCCCCCACACAUCUGCCUCGAGUUUUACUAACACGACUGCUCCUGCAACACAUCCUGCGACUACUUCAACCUCAUUUGUUUCUACUCAAAAUUCAACAUCCGUUACUGGAUUCAGACCAGAGGUACCUUCCACCACCUCUAUGGAUAACUCUACUCAAAGCACUUCCACCUCCAGUGGUCCCACAACUUCAGUUCCUACCUCAGGAACCAUUAAGUCCACCAGCACCGAGCUCUCAUCGAAACCGUCUUCUGUUUCCGGCACCACUGACUUCAAAUCUACAUCGCCUGGACCAGUUUCCACUUCAACAGAUUAUUCCAACACCACCGCCAACUCUACCAGCCCAGCUGGGGCUCUUAUUCCUCACAUCGUUGGGUCAACAACACGCUCGACUCCAUCGACUACAAAACCUCCCUGCGAACCAUCAAAGGACUCGUCAAGCAGCAAGGUUCCGCCCUGCUCCAUCAGGAGCGUGGAGAAGCAGUGCCUCAUAGUUAUCGCCGUCUUGGCCAUUGUGGCCACCGUCUUCAUAGUUUCCACCAUUGUCCUUUGCAUCAAACUGUCAGAUAGAAAAUACAAAGUUAGGAAACGUCAGCAGGACACGGAGAUGAUGUGCAUCUCCUCUCUGCUGCCUGAUAGGAGUCACACCUACACAAGGCAGCGCAAUCCGGUGAGCAACGGAGUCCUGGUGUACCCUGCGGGAGGAGACAGCGACGAGGAAAUUGGGGAUAAUCUCACCCUCAGCAGCUUCCUGCCAGAAAACGACCGCUAUGUUUAGCUGCUUUGGUGCAGCCUUGUGAGAUGGAAUGGGUCUGUCUUGGAUCAGUGAUGCAGAAAUCGGAUGAGUUGAUGUGGCAGACACAAAAACCACAAACACUUACCACUUCAUGAAAGCUGGUUCACCCGGAUCUGACAAAAUUUGAUCUGAAGGAUGUUGACUUUGAGCAAAACUCGCCAUUUUUGCAUAACUUUACACACGUUCUCCCCCCUCAUGGGAAAAUUGAACCCAGGAUGCAGAGAACGAUCAAAGCUGCUCUCCUUUUUUUUUUUCUUUCAAACAUCCGGACCAAAAACUCUUGUGGGAUUUCACUUUGCAACAAGAGACAGGAAGCCUUUGCUUUGUCGAGACAGAGCUCUUCUUCGCAGAGACUGCUCAGUUUUUUUUUUUUUUGGAACCUGAAGACUUAACAGUUUAAAAUCGGACUUUGUUGAAUAGAUUUCACCGUUUAUCCAUGUGUAAAAGCACACCUUUUGAACUGCAAUAAUUGUUGUUUUAAUGUUAUAUGCACGGCAUAUAAAAAGUCGACACACCUAUUGACAUGACAGGUUUUUCGUAACCAAUGUUACUUCCAGUUAUUACUUAACUGAAAAUCAGAAGUAUUUUAGAGAGCUUAGAGAGGUGGAUUUACAAACUAAAAUACUGUGGUUGCACGUCUGAGCACAGACUGGACCCAUUCAAAACGUUAUUCUUCUUCCAGGAAAGGCAUCCCUCCAUUUUGAACUGUGAUCAUUUUCAUAAAAACCUGUUGUUUUUAUGUGCACCACUCGUAGUUUUAACAGCUUCCUCAACCUGAGUGUUGCAUCUCUGCAUCUGAAUAAUGUUCUCCUUUUCUGACUGAUCACUUUUGCUAGUUUUGGGAUUUGCUACCUGUUUAGUUGCUAACUCCUAUUUACAAAAUACAUCUCUACAAUUCGUGCCUUGUAACACAAAAGGGACAUUGUAACAAGUAGAUACUUUACGGCAUUAUGUGUCGUUCCUUAAACCAGGGACAAAUAUGUGAAGUGGCAACAGUUAAUGCUAGCAAUUUUCACCACAGUCUAAAUGCACUCAGUCAUGUUGAAAACCAAACUAAAAGUUCCUCACUGAGUUCUGUAUUUCCUAGUCGUUUAUAUUUGCUUUUUUUUUCCAACUACAAACCUGAAAAAUCUGACUUCCUAACACAAAGAAUGCACAAAAUUUGAGUCAUCGUCCCAAAGUUUCUUUUCUUCCUCAGCUUUUUACCAGAAACUUGAAGUUUUCUGCUAAAAAGAAACCUUCUCUGGUAUUUGGAAACGCUCAUAAGUUUUUUUUUCCAUUUUGACUAACGCCCCAAGUCCAACUGAAGAGAAACAGGAUCAGUUUUCUUAUUUUCAUCAUAACUUUUGAUGACGUUUGUCUUCCCUAUGCUCCGUUGUGUUUCUCACAUUUUGGAGAAAGUUUGUACCUUCUCCUGACUGAUACCUUUUUGACACUGUGAUCCCUCUGAUGCUCAUUAAGGUUUCUGCAAACCAUUGCUUUCACUGAGAUAUGAUGUAGGAAAUGUUAGGCAAUGCCCACUAGAAGAGUUUUACUUCAUUUGAGGUCCAUCAGAGGAACUUUAACUCCAAUUUAAAAUGAGCGUGUAACAAUGAAACCACAUUUUAACCUGGGUGUGUAGGCUUUUUAUAUCCACUAUAUAAUAUUCUGCUGAAAAUGGCUUUUUCCUUGUAGGGCUGCAGGAUUUCUUAUUUAUUUUUUUUGGCAUCUUUGAGAAAAAAUUUUGCAUAAGUUUUUUGGAAGAAAGCAUAAAAAAGUCUAGCAUGCUGGUAUAGUUGACACUGAAGGGGGCCAAGUUAAGUUUUAGUUGUUUAUCUCUAGGAAAUUGUAGACUUAAAAAGUAUAUACAUAUGUUUUUUAUUAUUUCUGCAGAACAUUUUAUGUUUUGUUGUCUCCAUUGUGUUCUCUUAACGAUACUGUUAUUAAAAGCCCAGUCCACUCAGACAUAAAUAAGGAUGUUUUUUUGAUACAUGUGCUUUCCUCAAAGUUUAAUCUGUAAUUGAUAUGUAACACGAGGAUAGAGAUUAGUACUGUUGAAGUUGUGACUGCAAGAAAUUGAGGUUGAAUCAAAGUCAUUUUGAACUUUUUAUACAAAAAAAAAUCAAAAAUCGCAAUUUUGCAUGUUGAACUUAGACUUAAUAUUUAUUGUCUUGUCACAUGAUUGUUUAGAAUUGGAAAAAUCAGAAAUCUCUUUAGGAAGGUAAAUGAGAAUUGGUCAGAUUUACUGAACUUCUGCUCCUUCUUCUCUGCAGCAGAGCUGAGGAAAUAGAUUAAUAAUGACACAUCUACUCUGUGCGUUUUCUGUAGAAAACAGUGUCUUUCAUCAUUAAAUGUGUAAUUUUGGUACUUCUUUUGUAACUUCUCUUUACGGCUCUCUAAAUGGCAAACAGUCAUAAUAAAACUGGAUCUUCUCUAAACUCA